GAUCUUACAAACUUGUCACAGCUGCCAUGUUUAGAGUCUCUGAGUUUGAAAGACCCUGUGUAUGGACCCAACCCGGUGGCUUUAAUGUGCAACUACUCAACACACCUCCUCUAUCACCUUCCAAACCUUAAAAGAGUGGACUCCUAUAAUGUGGACGAUAAAACACUGAAGGAACUGGCUGAGACCACAGUGAUUAAGAAGAAGAUGUAUUACAACAUGCGCGUGAAGACACUGCAGAGGAAUAAGGCUGACUUGCUUUUCAGACUGGAGACUGAGAGGGCAGCACUUCAGGCUAACCCCAGGAACAGAAUAUUUAAACUAUUUUCAGCCGUCAAAGAUAUAGAGAGAGAGGUUGAGGAACAAAGAGAAGGAUUGUCUUCAUCUUUCAAAGAGAACAAAAACCCUAUAAGUCCUGUUGUUGGGGAUGAAGGAAAGAAAGAAAACAUGGAAGAAAAAGGAAGCAUGGCAGCUGAUACAAUGAUGAUCUCACAGAAGCUGCAAAAGAAGAAGGAAGCACUUCUUAAAAGAAUUGCCAAAUUACAGAAACAGUGCGAAGAAAUUAAUCAGUGCCAUCAGGAGAGUUGUGAACAAGUCAAUAAUGUGUCCGAGAUGACAGUUCAGCGGCUUUUGUUGGAGUUGGAGACUGGAGGAAAUGUCCGCUUUGAAGACGGCAAACAAACAGAUCCUUGGUACCAAACUAUUUUACCGUCUAAAUCAUGAAUAGCAAUGAACGAGGAACCUAGGAAUCGCUAACACAGCGCUCAAGCAUCGGCACAUGUGCAAACAUUGUAUUGACUAAAAAAAGCAAAAAAAAAAGUGCGCGUGAACACAGGAGAAGUUUUAUGCACAACAGUAUUUCCAUAGUAACAAUACCGAGAUGAAAUGGCGGUAGGUUUAAAAUUCCCAUUUUUUGUUUUCAUUACACGGGAAUAAGCCCAAACCAAAACAGAUAAGGCUGCCGUUUUCAGGAGAGUUUCCGCCGAACGUCCUCCGUCACAUAUCCUACACAACCAAAAAAAUAGUGUGGUAACAGCUGUGAAUUUAGCUAUUGAAGUACAGCAUCCGUAACAUGGUGGUUGGAGUUAGGUUAGUGGAGCAUGCACACUCUUUUUGCUGCUGUGGCAUGACUAUUUAGCGUG